AUGGAAUUUUUGAAAAAUGAAGACGAUAAGGCUGUCUGGGAGAAUGUUGAAUGCAAUCGGCAUAUGCUUAGCCGUUAUAUUAACCCAGCAAAAAUAACACCCUACUUACGACAAUGUAAGGUCAUUGAUGAACAGGAUGAAGAAGAAGUACUUAACUCACUUUUAUUUAUAUCAAGAACUACCCGCUCAG